AUAGAAACCAAUCAGCUUCCAGGUUUUAUUGUCAAAGCUUAAUUGAACAAGCUGAAGUUAGAAGCUGAUUGGCUACCGUUCACAACUUCACCAGAUUCUAAGUGCUCCAGGUUUAGUAAAUACCCCCCAAAGUUUUUACUUGCAAUUCCUCCCUGGCGGUAUUCCUGAGUGUAGCUCGGAGUAAAGUUUCGGUACCACAAGCGGUAACCCUGAGCUACACUCGGGCUUACCAUGCGGCAUUGCUCCGGGAUCCCUCAAUCACUUACCUUGUCCUGCGCUCCCGCGAUGUCCCUCCUGCAGUGUCCCCAGCAAUGUAAUCCGGCGGAUGCCGGCAUCUGUCAUCUGGGUUCCGUCGCGAGCGUCGGGACGUACGGGGGACAGAACGGCGGGAAAUUUGAAAAUGACAUUCGCUAAGUUCACUAA